CCAUUGCGGGGCCAUGAGGCGCGGCGGCAGGUAGGGCCGCGGCCCGGGGAGGAGCGGGGCCGGGCCGGGCCGUGCCCGGGAGGGAGCGGUGACUGCGCGGGAUCCCCGCGGAGGGCGCUGCCGCCGCUGCCGCGGCCCGUCCCGCGGAGCAUGGCCGGCAGAGGCCUGCAGGCUGCGGGCGCGGCGCAGCCGGCCGUCGGCGGUCACCUGUACCCCUUGGUGAGCGUGGCGGGGCCGGAGGGCGAGGGGCCGGAGGAGGAGGGCGAGGUGACGGAGCUGCGGCCGCGGGGCAGGGAGAAGGUGCGGAGAAGCGCGUCGAGGGACAGGCUGGAUGAUAUCGUCCUGCUGACGAAGGACAUCCAGGAAGGGGACACGCUGAACGCCAUUGCACUUCAGUACUGCUGCUCGGUUGCAGAUAUCAAGAGAGUUAACAAUCUUAUCAACGAUCAAGACUUUUUUGCCCUGAGGUCUGUAAAAAUUCCAGUGAAAAAGUUCAGUGUACUGACAGAAACACAUGUGUCCCCAAAAGGAAGACCCAUCCUCCGGCCUGCUCACUGCUCCCUAGAAGCACAGGAAUCAUCAGCUUCUGACACAUUCUCUGCUCAUGAGACCGUUGGCAACUUCUUAAAAGAAAUGGACCGAGAUAUAGAAGAAAUAGUGAAGUGCAAUGACACCAAGAGAGAGAAUCUUAAUGAAGUUGUUUCUGCCUUAGCAGCCCAACAGAUCUGUUUUGAAACUGAUGGUAAAACCAAGAAAAGCAAGGAUCCUUACUACGGAGCAGAUUGGGGCAUAGGAUGGUGGACAGCUGUAGUGAUUAUGUUGAUUAUUGGCAUUGUAACUCCUGUUUUUUAUCUCCUGUAUUACGAAGUUCUGGUGAAGGCAGAUGUCAGUCACCAUUCUACAAUGGAAUCUUCCCAUUUGUUUGUCACGGCAGCGUCACAUCAGAAACAAAUAGAAAAUGGAGUAAAUGCAGCAAAUAUUGUAAAUGUUGAUAAUCAAUGAGACCUUCAGCCUUAACAAGAAAAUCUCAGGCAGCUGUUAUGAAUAACAGACAUAACGUAGUGUUAGAUAAAGAAGAAACCACAGAAUGCAAAAUGCAUCUGGAGUGCAGAGGAAAUGUGUACUGAGAUGUGACUUGCUUGUGUGGACAGUGUUCCAGUCCAUGGGUAUUUCUGUGGACCAUGUAAUCUCUGAAUAUACCUGAGACAGGUGACUUUAAUGGAAGAUUGGGAUGUAAGUUAAGGUGAAGCUUUGCACUUUUUUUCUAUUUUCAUAGGCAUAUGUUUUUUAAUUAAUGAUGAGGUGAAAAAAUGUAGUUUGAACUAACACAUGAAGUCUCACUGUAUGAUUUACAGCCCUAAAAUGGGCAUUUGGGGAUACCUAAUUUUUAAGCAACCUGAGGUAUUUAUAGAAUGCAUAUAGUACACUUGACAUUUUAAUAUGAGGUUUACAGUUAUCACUUAAAACUGUGUUCUCAGUUUCUUUCUUAUAAAGUUAGAUUUUUUAAAAAUACACCCUGUCAUUCCAUAAUUAAUUACCACUUUGAAGUUCUAUUUUAAAAGUGUCUUUUAUAUAAGCUGGAAUCUUCAAAUCUUGUGCCUGUGGUCAGCCUAUUCUUCAGUACUUCUCAAUAUAAGCAGUAGGAUAGUUUGUUUUCUAUCUCUGUGAUACCAUGCUUCAACACAGUGCAGCUGAGGGUCUUGUUGAAAAUUCACAUCCUUCCAUGGUAUCCUACUGACUGGACUGCACUUCUGGAACAGGUUGCCCAGGGAAGCUGUGGCUGCCCCAUCCCUGGCAGUGUUGAAGGGCAGGUUGGAUGGGGCUUGGAGCAACCUGGGCUGGUGGGAGGUGUCCCUGCCCAUGGCAGAUGGGACUGGAAAAUCUUAAAGGUUCCUCCAACCCAAACCAUUCUGUGAUUCUAUGAUUCUCAUCUGGUCAGCUGUGUAUAAAACAAAAGAACUGCAGAUGUAUGGCACCUUGGUGUGACUGCUUCACUUGUCUUUGUCACCUGGAGAGGUUUUUUCCCCUCUCCAGUUAAUCUGAGUUCAGUACCAACUGAUUCUGAAGACAGCAGCUACAUGGGUACCAGGUACGCUAAUGAUCUGCCCAUGAACGCUGAACACUUAAGUUUUCUAGGAGAUUUCAAAAAAGUUCAAAUGAGAUUUACUGACUGCUGUCAAGAAAUUUAAAUUGCAGCAAAAUAGACCAGCUGCAGCUUCACACUUGUUCUUUACAUGGUAGUAUAUUCCUCGGCCACUCUGUUCUUGAACAUUUCACUUGGAGUUUGAUGAACAAUCUUGCUUUUCUCCUCUUCCCUAGCUGAAAAUCCUACAACAUAAGCAAAAAAAAACAACCAAAAAACCAACCCACCCUGGACUCUUGCAGCAGAAAAAAGGGAGGUACUUACAUACUGAGAAUAUUUUUAAAAUAAAAACAGAUGCUGCCUAUAUAUUUUUUUUUGUUUUAUUUGCCUUCUGGAAUAAGAUCUCUAUUGCUCUGUUCAAAGUACCAUUUGUUACCAAAGCCCAAGAUACCUGACUUGAAUAGGACUUCCCUUUGGGUGGCUUGCAUAAGUAUAUACAGUAUAAAAAAACACUCUGAUAGUCAAUGUUUCCUAACUGUUGGAGGUAUUCCAAAGUCCUUUAUCAACUUAAAUUUUGGAAUGAAAGACUUGUGCUUUGUCUGUUCUUGGGGCAAUAUUGGACCUGUUGCCCCAAGAAGUCAGGCAGAUACUCUUCACUGGCAUUCUGUGAGCAUUGACUGGAUACCUUUGAGUGUAUUGUAUUGAGAUUGAAGCAGGCCAAAGCUUGAAGGGAAAUGCUGUGCAGUUGGAUCUGUGAACUAUGAUCUAUGACUCCUGAACCCUUUGACCAAAGUGGUAUUUGUGGAGAUAAUGUGAGUUACUCAUCGUAAUCAUCAUGAGGGAUUGCAAACAGGCAUUAACUUCAUGUUUCACAUAAUGCUUGUUUUCAGAGAGCUUUUAAAAUAGUAAUUCUUUCCAUUAAAAAAAAAUAUGCCAAUAAUACAAGCUUGAGUACUGAAGUACCAGUUCUGGGUAAGGCUGUAAGAACAGCAUUGCAGGAGAAUUUAUACUGGCUAACAUGAUACAGCUUCCAUGGCUAAAACUUUAAAAGAUGACUUGCUUUAGUCCAGAAUAUAGGGCUUUGGCAUGUUAAGACAAACAUUUUCUAUUUAGGACUAAAACUCGGUAUGUAAUGUGUCAGUUCUGUGCUGCAACCUUAUUUGCUGGUUUGCUUCUUUCCCUUUCAUUCUGUUGGAAACCUCAGCAUUUUUAAUACAUUGAUAAUUCUGUAAGAAAUGUAAGGAUAAAGAACUUGAAAUUAGCUAUUGUGAUGAUGCAACAUAAGUGUAAUUUACUUUAAGUCUCUAAACUGCUGGGUAUUAUAAUGUUAUCAGUACAGAAGCAAACUUAACUUCAGUUAUGGUUGGACUUAGGAAGAUCAAUAUCCUGUUGACUAGGAGUAAACAGGUGGGUGGUUAACUGUUGCUUUUCAUCCUUGUGGUGAUACCACUGAGUAGUUCUCUGGCAUAUCUCAGGCUUUGAGCUUUUCCAUGUGGAAGGCCUGUGACAUCCUGUCACCAAGUUAAGUGUGAUGAGCCUUUCUUUUUACAUGAUGAUAAGCAGUCGUUAGAAAAACACAAAGGGGAGGCUGUUGCAUUGAACCAAUACUACACUCAUCUAGAGCCUGGCAUGUCUGUAUGUGGGAUAUUUCAUAAAUUACAUUUUAAAUUUAGAGAGUUAAUUUUAUCAGAAGAUACAGGAGGUUCUUUUACAAAGAUUGUAGCAUUCCUGGUACUGGCUUUGUGCAGGAUGCAGGGAUCUUUACUGUUUUUUUUUUUUUCUAAAGUACAACACAACUAGCAAUGCAUCAUCACAUGUCAGCCCUGCACAAACAGGGUUACUGCUCUGUAUGGAACUUAAAUCUGAUUUAAGUUAACAUGUGUUAGUCUUUUAGAAACUGACUUGUUAAAAACACCACCACAACAGAGCGGUAAAUAAUAUUUUAGAUUAAUUACAACACAUUGUUGAUCAGGAAGUUGAUUUUAAAUUUAGGUGCAUAUUGCACUGUUGGAUCAUGUAAAAUGUAAAUUCUUUAAAUCUGCUAUAUUUUGGAGUAUUUUGUCACAAAUAGUCUUUGUAUAACUAUUUUAUAAAGGCUGGAAAUACAACUGUAAAAUAAUUCUGAAUGAGGACACAAGUCUUAUUUUAAGUACUUUUGUUCCUCUGCUUUUAGAAGAACAUAAUAUACAUAAAAUAAAGAUUUUAUUUUAGACUGCAGUGAAAGUGGUGCAUAUAAUGUGUUCUCAGCUCUAUGUACUUUGCAUCAUUUAUUACAGGAGGCUACUACUUGUAUUUGUUCCGGCUAGUUUAUAUGUAUAAAUCUAAAACAAACCCCCCUGGCCAACAAGUUACUGAGUUGGCAGUAGCUUCAUACAGCAUUCAUUCACCUUGUUUAUCCUCUGCAUGCCUUGUAGGACUUGGAUCUUUUCUACAUAAAGUUCUGAGAACUUCUUAGUUCUGUGAAAUAAGGAUUAAGAAAUAGGCAUAAAAAACCGAGGUGGGGAUUAGUGAAGUUCUUAGAUGGUGAUCUCCCUACCCAAUGAAAACAGUGCCUUUUUGUAGGAAGUAGCAGUGCUCUUCCACUGCUUUUCACAUAGGAUCUGAAUAUGUCUGCCCAAACCCAAAGUGUGCUGAGACCCAAAGAACCAUCUUAAUUCUGUCAGCAUUAUAGUUCUGUAAUAAGUACUAAGCAAUUGGAAAAUCAGCUUGUAAAAGCAGCUGCAAGUGUUGUGCCUGUGGGACAGCACAAGCAGAACUCUGCAUGUUUAUAAGCGCUGGCCUUGCUGGCCAUUGUCAAACUAGUCCUAGAGGGUCCAUCCUAAGACUCUGUAGUUCCCUCAGGAGGACAGAGGUGACCAUAGUUCACCUUUUAAAGGUCUCAAAAAGACCUGAUUUCUGCCAGAAUAAUAUGCCUCAACAGCACAGCAGGGAGGCUGUUGUCUCUCCCAUUGGCAAUGUGACGAACAAGUCCCUGAACCCCAGGAAUUAGUAUCUGCUAUACAAUAAGGCAUUGUACCUGGUCGGGCAAGCCACAGCUUGUGACCAAAUUGUAACUCGGGCAGUAAUGCUUUUCCAGUGUUAAUUCUCUAGUUCUGUCUUUGGUUAAAGCCAUCUAUUUGCAUUCCUUGAGUGAGAGACAAGGAGUCUCACUGUUUAUCUUGCAUGGAGGAUAACAGCUCAUAGAAGAGGAGACUAGCUGUGCUUGGGGCAAGCAUAUAUCAUUUCCAACACCCUUGCCUUGUUCACAUCUUCUGUUUUGUGUAUCACAUCCAAGAAAUAAUAAGCACCACUGUUCAAGAAGUAACUGCUGGCAUGUGUGAUGUUCAAAUAAAAUUAUCAGACAGAAUACAUUUCCUAUGCAAUGCAGCAGGAAGUUUAUUAAACAUGAUUUGUAAAGGUAUGAACCUCUCAAAAUAAAACUAGUAUGCCUCUGAGGUGUGACCUGCGUAGCAUUUCAGUGUAAUUUCCUUUACAUCUGAUAUGUAUUUUAUCAGAAUACUUGAAAGCUACACCUUAAUGAACAAAUUCUUACUGCACACAGAAGUUCAUGGAAUAAUGUAGUACUGUUUGCACGUCAGCAGUGAGGUAAAGUACUGCCUGACAAAAUGCCAAACUUGCAAGGAAAACUUCUGUACUUUCUUUUGCAAAUAAAAUAAUUGAUUUUAUUUUAAAACUGUUCUUUCAUUAGACCUGAUAACAGCACUAGGUAUCAGGAACAUGAUGUUUUACAAAAGUAAAAAAAAACCCACCAAAAUAUGGUGAUGAUCAGCAGCAAUGUCGUAACACCAAUAUUUUGUGUCAUCAAAGAACAGCAGGACACAGAGAAUGCUCCGUUAUUUCCUCAAGUUUAGGAGUAAGUUUGCUACACUUCAGCUGUUGGUUCUCAAAUAAAGUUAAUGUUUCUAAA